ACCCGGGUGCCCCUCUGCCUCCAUGGCGGCUUGCAACAGCAACAACAACAACGGGACGGCGAGGACGCCUUCUCCGCAGGAGGCCUCCAAUGGCUUCUCCCAGCCCGGCGCCUCGGGGACUUGGCACAAAGCGGAAGAGGAGGUGCGGCUGGCAGAGCCCGGCCUGGUGAAGAAGGCCCACCGGGAGAUCCUGGACCACGAGCGCAAGCGGCGGGUGGAGCUGAAAUGCAUGGAACUCCAGGAGAUGAUGGAGGAACAAGGGUAUUCGGAAGAGGAGAUCCGGCAGAAGGUUGGGACCUUCCGGCAAAUGCUGAUGGAGAAGGAAGGGGUGCUCACCCGCGAAGACCAGCACGGGCGCCAGAUAAUGAUAGAAAACCAUCACGCAGAGGAUGGAGAAGGGUAUGCGAGAGAGUACGCCGAAUACGGGGAAGGCUGCCCGCUCCAGUGGGACUGUACAAGCGACUGUUACCAAGAUGACAGCAGUCAUCGAGAAUACAGGCUGAAGAGGCGAUCCAGUAGCUCCACCUCUCCCCCUCCGAAAAAGAAGAAGAAGAAGAAAUCGGGUCAUCGCCGGAGCCGCAAGAAACGGAAGCCGGGAUCAGAACGCAGUGGAGAUAGCUCUUCCUCGGUCCGGAAGGAAAAGAAGAAAAAGACAGGGAAAAAACACCGGAGGGAGAGGUCUACAUCUGGAUCCCGGAAGAAGAGGAGACACAGGUCCAGGAGUCCCAAGAGCAAACGGAAAGAGAAAAACAAAGACCGGAAAAGGUCCCACAGCGAGUCUUCGACCCGGCGGUCCCACCGACGCAGCAGCUGCAGCUCACGCAGCACCUCUCUCUCUUCCAACUACAGCAACUGCAAGUCAACCAGCAGAUUGAGCCCUGGCUACAGAGAGGGAGGGAUGAAGGCCACCAGCCCCCGGUCCAGCCGUAGCCCGUCCUCGUCCUGCACCGGCCACAGCCGAUCGGCCACCCCGCACCAGAACGGGCACAAGGGCGGUGCUCAGAACGGACGCCACAGCCACGGGGCCCUUGCGGAGAGAAAACAGGAGAAAUUGGGUUCCAUCUCACCCCACUCGGGAAGGGCCCACCUCAAGCCAGACGUCCCCUCGCCUCACUCCAAAGGGGCCAAACACAGGCCCAAAACCGCGCGGCGGUCCGUGUCUCCCGGACGGAGCUCCGCCACAGAGAAGCGCUUCCGCCGGCGCCGGGCUCGGUCUGCCUCGGCCCACAAGCACAAGGGACACGACCGGGCCAAGGGCUUAUCACCCCGUUCCUUCACGGGGUACAGCAGUGACUCAGAGGGCUCCGCCUGCUCACAUCCCACCGGGACAGAAAAGAACCACGGGGUGCAUCUGAAAACAGUGAAAGAGAAGCACCAGCGGGGAAGGCCCCACAGCAGUUCUCCGGCCCCGGCCCCCAAACACUCCUCCCGACACAAUGCGGAGCGGAGGAAGAGCCUGUCGCGGAGCAGCUCCUGGAGCUCAAGCCGCUCCCUCUCCAAGUCCCGGUCCCGGUCCCGAGAGAAACGAUCGGCGCGCAGCAGGACGCGGUCGGGAUCGCAGAAGAAGAUAACCGGCAGCAGAGAGAAAGAUCCGGAGCCACGGACACGGCACAGCGAUACAGAGCCCAGCCGCGCCCGGCGUCGUUCGCGGAGCUACUCUCCGAUCCGGAAACGACGGCGCGACUCUCCCAGCUUCAUGGAGCCCAGAAGAAUCACCAGUGCCCGCAAGCGCCCGAUCCCGUACUACCGGCCCAGCCCCUCCUCUUCCAGCUCGCUGACCAGCUACUCCUACAGCAGGAGCCGGAGCCGCAGCUACGACAGCUACAGCAGCAGCCGCAGCCGGACUCGAACCCCGAGCCGCAGCCCGAGCUACAACAGCCGGAGCAGCUCCGAGAGCGCCGGGUUUUGACAGGCGGCCACUCGUCCUCCGGCCCGCAACGGCGCCCUCCCGACCCUGUCGCCACCAGCAUCCAGGCAUGGCCGACUCCUCAGCUCCGCAACCAGUGCUGGGUUGGACUCUUGACUGUUGCCUAAGUAGACGACCUCUUCGUUGUUCCAGAGACACCAGAUACAUUCCCCUGGGUAGCCGGUCAAACCGUUAUCUUUGGGACCUCGUCAUUGGUAGGGAAAUAAACCGGGGGAAAGAAAACACAAAGCGUAACUUUGGAAGCGGACAUGACGGCUGGGUCUGGAUUCCAGCUUUUUCCUCGCAGAUGGCUCCGAUAGACCUGGCAGAGUCCCGUCCUCUCGUUUCUCCUCCUCUGUCUCUUCCUCCUCCUCCUCUAUUCCUUCUUCUUCUUUCUUGCUUUCUUCUCUGCUUUGUACAAGGUUGAAAACUCAUUUCUACCAACGACAAAAGUAGGGAAGGGUGAAGUACGGGAUGAAGAAAUCUUUUGCCUUCCGAACAAAUGGACGAAACUCGACUCCGCUCGCUAAGUUAGGAAAACGGGAGAGGAGAAAGGGAGAAAGAGGAGGUUACUUGUUUGUUUACUUAUUUAUAUAUUUAUUUAUUUAUGUAUUUAUUUAUUUAUGUUCCUCUUUUCCCCCCCCCUUCUCUGUUUCCUUUUCCUCCCCAAACAAACGUAGCUCACAGAACUCUACUUUCAGCUUCAGAGGAGGCUGACCGACCAUGUUUAUCGUCAUUGUUUUGAUCUAUCGACUGGGUUUGUUUUGAUAUAUAUCCUCCCCCCGGAUGAUUGUACUUAAACUUAUUUUCAGGGCUGGGGGUGGGGGUGGGGUGUCUGGAAAGAAGGGGAAGAACAUUCUGGAAAGAUACGGUUCAGAGCGGAGACAAUUGGGGGGGAAAUCCAAGAAGGUUGGAGGAGGAGGAGGAAGAGAAGAAGAACGUGCAAAUAGGGACAUUGCGAUCUAGGAGGAACCCACAAAGCAUCUCUGGAACCGUAUUGCUGACAGAAACCUGUUCACUCUGGAAAUAUGGACUCCGGUGAAAGCCGUACCGUCUCAAGUGACUUUGGAGAACUUUGUGGAAUUCGGGGAAAGCUUUCGCCAGUCGGGCGAGAAGAUCCGAAGCAACGUUGGAUGCCCAAAAGUAUCCCAUUCCUGCAAGGCUUCAAAACGAGCCAAGAGUGGGAUGUAGCAGCUCGAAAGGCUGCAUCUGUCGGGGUCUAGUGUCCAAAUGGAGGAAAGUAAUAUAGCCAUGGCUUGAGAUAUAUGACUGAAGACGAGCCAAGAUUGGGAUGCAGCAGCUCAGAAGGCCCAUGCGAUUCCAGGCUGCAUCCUUUGGAGUCUAAAUGGAGGAAAGUAAUAUUGUCGAAGGCUUUCGUGGCCAGAAUCACUGGUUUGUUGUGUGUUUUCAGGGCUGUAUGGCCUUGUUCCAGAAGCAUUCUCUCCUGAUGUUUCACUGCAU